AUCCUUCAGAACUCAAACCUGUCGAAGACCUCCAUCUCGACUUCUCCGGCUAAACACCACGACCUCGAAAGCAAACUAUCGAGCAAAUCUCUUGACUUGACAGCUUCAUCCUCCAUCCGCGAAUCUUUUCUCUGGUCAACAACCACCAAGAAACAAGCAACAAACUUUGCACCACACGUUAUCAAUAGCAGGGACAUCUAAAUACCUUUACAAUGGCCGACGACUACUCCAACGGCUCGACUGACCUCGAUGCCCUCAAAAACAACGCUGCUUCUGCAUAUGAUGCCGUGACGAAGGGCCCCGUCGCUCAGAACGUCGCCGACCAGUCCGCCAAGACUGUCGACGAGCUCUCCAACCUUUCUGCGUCUCGUCGCACUCCCUCGACCCCCGCGGCUACUGGCCAACCCUUGACACACUACCACUCGUUCUUUUCCGAGCUGUUGUCAUGGAACAACCCUCGUGCCUCUGCCAUUGCUUACCUGAGCAUCGUCGCUGCCAUCUUCUCUGUUAGGUACCUUGAUAUGCUCCGCUUGGGUUUCAAGCUCACUUGGAUGGUCCUCGGUGUUACCGUUACCGCCGAAGUUGCCGGCAAGACCAUUCUCAACCAGGGCUUGGCUACCCAGCUGCGCCCGCGCAAGUAUUACACUGUUUCCAAGGAGACUCUGGAUAGCGCUAUUGGCGAUGUUCAUGAGCUCGUCAACUUCUUCGUCAUCGAGGCUCAGCGUAUUCUUUUCGCUGAAAAUGUCUACGUGUCCGGCCUCGUUGCCAUCGCCGCUUUCUUCGCCUAUUAUCUCGUCAAGAUUGUCCCCUACUGGGGUCUUGCCCUGAUUGCCACCACUCUUGCCUUCCUCGGCCCCCUCGUCUACAAGACCAACAAGGAGUUUAUCGAUGCCCAGCUUCACCGUGCUAGCGAGAUCAUCGGCGCCCAGACUGCUCAGCUCAAGACCGUGGCUCAGCAGAACACCGAGAAGGCUACCCAGCUGACCAAGCAGUAUGUUGGCGAGUAUACCGCCAAGGCCCAGACGCUGGUUAGCAAGGCUACUCCUGCCUCUCUCCACGGUGAGGAGCACACCAACGGUCAUGCCAACAAGUCCGAGCUCCGCGACGCCGAUUUCCCUCCCGCCCCCCAGGCCGACAUCAAGACCGAGCCUGUUGUUCCCGUCACUGUCAAGAGCGGUGAGCAGCAGCCUCUGCUGAUUUAGGCGAACUUCAAUGGUUAAACCUUCUACGGCAAAAAUUAUGCUGUGGUCGGCUUUACACUUUACCUAAAUACUCCAUGGCCGGCAAAGUCCGGGAUUCCAUGAUCAUGAUACCCCGUUGGUAUGGCGCGGUGGCUCAUCUUCAACCAGAAGUUGUUGUUUAGUCGCCAGCUCGCGACCAGCAAAGAGCCAAGUCGAGUUGGUGGAGGAGACAAAUAGACGUUAGCAAUGGAUGAGUUGGUGGAUGAAUUGAGUGGUUUCUUUCUAGUAUUCAUUUUAUCAUACCCUCGUGGCAAGGAAUGCAUGUGGAAACCCGGCGAAGAAAAGGGUGAAGAUGGGAUGGUGUGCUACCUGAUGAUGGAUGAUGACUUCCGCGAACUUAACGAGCACAAACGAGGGUGGAAUCGCGACAUUUCAUUUUCCUGGGUUUCCGGAGUAUUGGGUUAUUGUCUAUCUCUUUACCUUAGCAAACUCCGUACUUGUCAUAUUGUUUAUACCGAACUU